AUGGCGGCGGGGGGCGGGGCGAGCGCGCGGGCGGCCGGCGUCGCGGCGCGCGCGCACAUGUCUCCCUCGCGCGGCGCACGGCGCACGAAAGGAAUCUUGGAGUUAGUAUACCAGAACCGUGGUAUUGGCCCACGGCAGAGAGUGGGUAGUGCGUUGUGGCAUGUGAGUGUGGUCGUGAUGAUGCUGGGCGGCAUGGACGGCAAGGAGUACGGGGCGCUGCACGCUGCUGCCGCCGCCGCCGGAUACGCCAUGGAAGCUGACCCCAAUGCAGGGGCGAUGGGGAACCAUGGCAUGGGCGCGGGCGCGCAGCAGUACGGCGAGGUGAACCAGCUGGGCGGCGUGUUCGUCAACGGCCGCCCGCUCCCCAACGCCGUGAGGUUACGUAUCGUGGAACUGGCACAGCUUGGUAUUAGGCCAUGUGACAUCAGCCGACAACUGCGGGUCUCGCACGGGUGUGUUUCUAAGAUCCUCGCGCGCUACCACGAGACCGGCUCCAUCCUGCCGGGUGCCAUCGGGGGCUCCAAGCCACGCGUCACCACCCCUAAGGUCGUCUCCUAUAUAAAACAAUUGAAAGCUAAAGACCCGGGAAUAUUCGCUUGGGAGAUCCGGGAUAGGCUGCUAGCUGAUGGAGUCUGUGACAAGUACAACGUGCCGUCAGUGUCGAGCAUCAGUCGGAUCCUGCGCAACAAGUUGGGCGGCACGCUGUACCCGGUCCCGCCGCUCUACACCGUCCCGCCACAGCGGUGCUGGCCUCUACACCAGCCUUAUGACUACUAUGUGUAUUUGCAAGGUCGCCAGCACGCGGCGAGCGCGCAGCACGCGCUGCCGCCGCACCCGCCGCCGGCGCCGCACCACGCGCACGCGCACGCGCUC